GGACUCAAUAGGAUGAUGAUCAAUAUACAUGAAACACAUCAUUGUCAUUGUAUCGUCAUCAACAACAUAAAAGAUGUAUUUGAUUGGACUUUUGCAUUGAUAAAACUGAAUCUCGAGGUGUUUCCAGUCACUGUACUGACAGAUGCCAUGGCAGCCACUAAAGCAGCCAAAGAACAGAAAUACGACAGGCAGCUCAGGUUGUGGGGGGACCAUGGUCAAGAAGCCCUUGAGAAUGCCCAUGUUUGCCUGAUCAAUGCUACAGCAACUGGAACAGAGAUCCUGAAAAACCUUGUGCUCCCUGGUAUUGGAGCAUUCACUAUAGUAGAUGGGCACACAGUUUCGGGGGAAGAUGUAGGACACAACUUUUUCCUUAGCCACAACAGCAUUGGAAAGAACAGAGCACAGGCUGCCACUGAGCUGCUCCAAGAACUGAACACUGAUGUUUCGGGUAACUUUGUUGAGGAGAGUCCUGACAUCUUAUUGGACAACAAUCCAGAAUUUUUCCAUCGAUUUACCAUUGUUAUUGGUGUCCAGUUGCCUGAAAGUACAAGUCUGAGGCUUGGCUCAGUUCUGUGGAGUGCCUCAGUACCAUUCCUGCUUUGUAAAACCUAUGGACUCAUUGGCUACAUGAGGCUUGUUGUGCAAGAGCACACAGUGAUAGAGUCACACCCAGACAAUGCUUUGGAGGACCUGAGGUUAGACCAGCCAUUUGCUGAAUUCGAGAAGCAUAUUCAUUCCUACGACCUGGAGAGCAUGGACAAAAAGGAUCACAGUCACACACCUUGGAUUGUCAUCAUUGCUAAAUAUCUGGAAAAAUGGCUCAGUGAGCAAGACUCCCAGCUACCCAAGAAUUACAAAGAGAAAGAGGCCUUCAGACAGAUUAUUCGGGAAGGGAUUCUGAAGAAUGAGAAUGGUGUCCUCGAGGAUGAAGAAAACUUUGAGGAAGCGAUUAAGAAUGUCAAUACUGCUUUAAAUCCAACAAAGAUCCCCAGUGUUAUCAAAGACCUCUUCAAUGAUAAUCAAUGUAACAACAUAACAUCACAGACGACGCCGUUCUGGGUGAUGCUGCGUGCUGUCAAGGAGUUUGUACACAAUGAAGGCUGUGGCAGCCUACCUUUGCGGGGGACUAUCCCAGAUAUGAUCGCAGACUCCCAGAAGUUUAUCAACCUUCAGAAUGUUUACAGGGAAAAGGCCCUACAGGAUGCAGCAUCUGUUGGCGGAUAUGUUGAAAGUCUGUUACAGUCUGUUGGAAAGGUACCUGAAAGUAUCUCUGAAAAAGACAUCAGACUCUUCUGCAAGAAUGCCUCCUUCCUACGGGUGGUGCGCUGCAGAUCUCUAGCAGCAGAGUAUGGUGUGGAUUCAGUCAACAGAGAUGAAAUCAGCUCAUGCAUGGACAAUCCCGAUAGCGAGAUGGUCUUCUACCUCAUGCUUCGAGCCGUCGACCGCUUCUAUCAGCAGCACUCCCGCUACCCUGGAGUUUAUAACUAUCAAGUUGAAGAAGACAUCAGCAAGUUGAAGCUGUGUGUCACCAGCAUGCUGCAAGAGUACAACCUCAACGUCAACAUCAAGGAUGAUUAUGUGCACGAGUUCUGUCGAUACGGUGCAGCCGAGCCCCACACUGUUUCUGCAUUUAUGGGAGGUUCAGGUGCUCAAGAAGCCAUCAAGAUCAUCAGCCACCAGUUUGUACCAUUCAACAACACUUUCAUCUACAACGCAAUGUCACAAACCUCUGCCACUUUACAGCUGUGAGACAGGUACUCAUUCUGAACUCGUUCACAAAAACACAGGAUGGAUAUCUAGGGAUUUGGGGUUGUUGGGCUUCGGGAAGCUUUUUCUGAUUGAAUAUGUGCACUUAAAUGUCAAUUUGGCCAAACGAGUAUUUGUAGUUGUUGAAGAUGAUGAGUAAAUCUUGGAGCACACAUGGUUACACAGCAGUGUCAUCGUAUUGUCACCACCAUAUUUGUUUCUUCCUCUAUCAGAGAGAGAAGAAAUAAUAGCUGUCAAGCUUUUAUUUUUUUAGCUGAUAUUUGUCUUGACUUUUUUGUGACCUGUUCUUUCAAAGUAUGCUCAGUUAUUAUUUGCUUUACUGUGUGGCUGCAGUAAUCGGCGCUAAGUUACUCAUAAGUCAAGCCAUUUGAGAGAUGUCUUGCUUUUUAACAGUAGAUGGCGCACGUCCAGUCACUGUUGAGCAUUCUGUUCAAACUCAAAUGCCAUUUCAUUAGCUACACUUACACAAAGAUCCUAACAGCAUUGCUGUAGAAGAUUGUUUUUUUUUUUUGUAAAGGUCAUGAAGAAGUUACCAUUGUUUCCCAGAGGCAGACAGGAAGGUUCUAGUUUUACAGAACUUUAUUUACAGAAGUUAUUUCUAUAACGCUCCAUUCGUUUCUUUUAUGUCAUCGAUACAUAGCCGAGUUCAUGUUUUGUUUUUUUAAAUACCUACAUGGUUUCUCUCAUUUUCAGUUUUGGAUGUCUUAUUGUAAGAUAUUGGUUACCUUAUCUGGAUCAAUUAUGUUUAGGAUAAUAAAAGAUUUGUGUAAUUGUA